UAAUCGCACAUUCAGAAGAUUUUUGGAACAUUGACGCAAUCAAUGUAGACACCAGAGGCUAAACCUGACAAGGAAAGUUUGACAAAAUGCGACACAUCCAUCAUAAAGGAGCAACUUUGAAGAAAGUCUAUGCCCUAACUGAUGAUGGUGUUUUGGAUAUUCUCAAAGAAGAUGAAGAAACCUACAGCAAUGUUCUGGCCAUUAGGGAAGAGUUGAUGGACCGAGUGAUGGAAGAAUGCUUCAAAAGCUACCUGAAGAAGCAAACCGUUAAGUUUGUGGUUCAAUGCGCCUACGAUGCCCUAGUAAAGUUUCUGUCGUUUAAUUUUUACCACCAUCCAGAGAUCCCAGACAUCACCCGACCAGAAUGGGUUCCGGAUCAGCCCAUUGAGCCAUCUCCAAAAGAUACUUGGGCUUGUGAUGCUGUGCCCAUUAGACCGACUGGUUUCAAAGAAGUGAAAGAGAGCAUUGUCUUUACCAGUGGGAGCUUCACUAACAAAACCAGCAGCCCUAAGGAAACUUCCACAAUUGGUGAAGACUCCAAAUGCUGCUUGUGCUUGGAGCAUGUGUGUGUCUGCUUGGGUUUGCCUUCAGAAGCCGACAAAAACGUUUCUUCAGCGAUUGCAACCCCAUAUCCAAGCAAAGUGAGAUUCAGCCCCAAAACCAGCCCAUAUUCGCUAACAGAAAAAGUCAGUGCAGUUGCUUCUUCGCUAGAAUCGAGUCAAGCACACAGCAUGUCAUCUGAAGUGGUUUCAUCGGAAGUGGCAAGUAGCAUCACAACGACCUCGGCAGAGUCACAAGAUGGAAGAAAACGAGUCAGGGCUUUAAAGGAAAAAGCUGCCAAAAAAGUGCCAAAAGCACCACAAAUGCCUUUGAAGCAAGAACCUCCAGGGAAUAUUAUAAGCGAGUCCAAAGUUAGUUUAGUCGAUUUGCCCUCGAUUCGAGUGUAUUCGACUUUUUCCUCAAACCCAGCGCAAGCGGAGAAGAAACCCAARUAAAUUGUUAGAUAAAAACCCCCCAUAAAUUUUUUUGUUGAAUUGUACAAGUGUAUUAUGUCUCUUUGUGAACAUUAUUUGCAUAUAAACUCUUUGUCACAUUAACUGAUUUGGAAAGGACAAACACAAAAAGCCCAACCCCAAUUCGCGUGUGAACUCYCAAAAUGAGGCUGAAAGGGACAAGGUGGCAUCGCAAAAAAUUGCCUAAAUGAACAAUAACACACAGAUCUAAUCCCAGAGGAUUCAAGGGGCACGAUUAAUAGAGGGAGCAUUCCUCCACAUGUCCAGUUAUUUUUGAGCUUACAAGUUAAAUUGGCUCAUUUGUAUCCAACGGAAAAUAUAGACUGAAACGAA